AUGCCGGCCUCUCGCCUCCGAACGAGAGAUCCGGAACCCAGCCUACUUCCCCAGAGGCUACGGCAACUUCACACGGCGAGGAGGUUAUUUGAAGAGCCGAUUAGCCAGCCGCAGGUGGUGCUGGGGACGCCAAUCCCACCAACCCAACAAAGCUUGCGCAACUUCCGGACUCUUGCUCCCUCACCGACCGUACAGCCAACGACCGAUCAAAUCGCGUCACAUUCUGAUCCAUCUACUGUCCCAAGCAGCACAACUGAUGCUGAGUACUCUUACUUAGCUUCUAGGUUCCAUAAGGGCGGGAAAGACUCACAAGAUGAUGCCUCCAAGGCUGAGGCGAAGGCAAGGCAGGUGGCUAUACAGCACGACCAUCGUUCACGGCGCCGUGCGGGGGAGACUGUCUCCCUGACUCCCUCGAUAUCUCAACUGGGCGUCUCUGGAGUUCCUGAUGAGCCUGAAGAAGGUAUCCCUGGCCGUGAUCGUCGUCGUUGUGCAGGCUAA